AUGGAUGACAUUGUAGAGGACCCUAUUAGAGUACCCUAUUUAAAUAAUUCGCUAAUAGAAAUUAAUCCCUCGCGUAAGCAUGAGAAUGAAAGAAACAGAUUACCAGCAGUUUUUAAUAUGCCUUCGCAACACACUAACGAUCAUGUACUUAAACCAUAUAUUCAUAAUGACCAACAAAUUGACGACGAUGCUCCGUUGGAUGAUAAUGUGGAAUAUUACAUCACUCGAGGAUGCGGUAUUGUUAGUAUAAUGACAGAAAAUUUAUUGAUGCAUCCGUUUCUUGUCUUGAGAAGGCAAUGUCAAGUUAAUCCAAUAUCUAAAAAAUAUCAUGUAUUCCCAGUAACCUUAUUACCGAUAAUAAUACGAUUAAAUCAAACACAAGGUAUAUGUACGUUAUGGAAAGGUAUCGGUUCUGUUUUAAUUGUCAGAGGAUUGUCAAUGGCCAUAGAAGACUUGAUAUCAAAAGUUACAUACUUGCCUAAAGAGAUUAGCGGUGCGUCAAAUAAAAUGUUUUUCCAACAUAUUAUUUUAAAAUGUGUUGCAAUUGGUAUGGUGACACCAUUUUAUUCGGCGUCAUUAAUAGAGACCGUUCAAUCGGAUGUCGCAUCUGAAAAACCUGGAAUUUUAGAUGUUUUCCGUGAUGGAAUGAAGAGGCUGCUGGAAGUAAGAAACAAAGGACGACUUAUUCCAAUUCUUGCAUUACAACCACCGACAAUUGCAUGUGGCGUUCUCAAAUACCUCUUUAGUCUUUUAGUUAAAUCAAUUGCAGGUCAUAUCAUAAGAAUUAACCAUAAAUAUAGCCAAAAGUCUCGGGGCGCUUACAGUAGAGUCUAUAUAGCUACCACAAAAGCAGAUAACAUUGAAUUCCAAUCUAUAUUAAUUUCAUUGUGGACUGCAGAAAUAGUUUUUUAUCCUCUUGAAACAAUUAUUCAAAGAUUACAUUUACAGGGGACACGUACUAUAAUAGAUGAUUUGGAUACAGGACGUAGUGUCACAGCUAUGUUGACCGAUUACAGUGGAGUCGUACAUUGUUACCAAACUAUUAUUUCUACAGAAGGUGUAUUAGGAUUGUAUAAAGGUUUUGGAGCUCUGAUAAUACAAUUUGCUAUUCAUACUUUAGUUUUAAAAGUCAGUAAAUGGAUUUUCACUGAAAUAGGUACUAUGAUGAAAUCAGAACAAACAUCAUCUAAAUCACAUAAUAAGCUUUAUUAAUGAAUUUUACCUAUGAU